UCAGUAGGCUGUUGAUGUCAACAACCUCAACAUAUAAACUUGUAACCACAUUAAAAUCAAAGAGGUAAAAUUAAAGAAGAAAAAACUGUUUUAAACUACUAAACGAGUUAAUUAUGGAGCCCGACCGAAAUACUAUGGUUGCUGUUUUGCAAUUUCUCCGUAAACAUAAUUUAAAGGGAACCGAAGACUUGUUAAGAAAAGAGGCUAAUUUAGCAGACGUUGCGAUUGAUGAAAAUCAACAGACUGAUUCAGAAGUGAGCAGUGUAUUAUCAGCCUACAAAAGUGAGGGAGAUCCAGCCCUCUAUGAAAAAGCAUACAGUGAAUUGAAAAAAUUUGUCGAAAGUGCACUAGACAUUUACAAACAUGAAUUGGGCACUAUACUGUAUCCAGUACUGGUUCAUAUGUAUCUUGAGCUGGUGUACAAUAAUCACUCAAAAGAAGCCAAACAAAUGAUGGAGAAAUUCAGUGGCAAUCUCGAGGAAUAUUAUCAAAGUGAUUUGAGAAAAUUGUCGAACGUUACAACAAGAGAGCAAAUGGCUGAGAAUGAACUCUCAGACACCUUCAAAUCCAACCAAUUCAUCAUCAGAAUAUCACGAGAUACUCUAUCAAUACUCAAGCGUCACUUACAUGAGAAAAAACACAGCGUUCUGUUGAAUAUUAUCCAGGAGCAUUUGUAUUUCGAUAUGUAUGAAGGUGUUGCCAGAAAUAAACAGCAGAUUCAGGCCACAUCGGGAGCAAUGUUGGGUGAAGCAACGAGACAGGACAACAAAACAAAAGUAUAUUAUGGUCUCCUGAAAGAGCCAGACAUCCAGUGUGUUCCACCAGCUGAAGAGGAAGAGGGUGAGGAUGGCGCCACAGAGGGGGACAAGCCAAAGAAAAAAAAGCCGAAAAAGGAUCCAUUAUUCUCGAAGAAAACUAAAUCAGAUCCUAAUGCACCACCUGUGGGACGAAUGCCGCUACCAAACCUCAAAGAUGCUGACAAAUUGGAGAAGAUAAAAGCCUUACGUGAAGUCUCGAAGAGGGUGAACCUCAACGCCGACUCUCUACCUUCAAUUUGUUUUUACACUCUCUUAAAUAGUGUUCACAGCGUGACAGCUGCCGAAAUUGCUGAGGAUUCGAGCCUCCUCGCUGUUGGUUUCUCUGAUUCAACGUUGAAGGUUUGGAGUGUGGUUCCACAGAAAUUGAGGCUUAUGAAAUCGGGGGAGGCUUUGGUCGAUAUUAAUCGUGAGGCUGAUGAUGUUUUAGUCAGGAUGAUGGAUGAUAGAACUGCUGAGACUGUGAGAACGCUUCAUGGACACAGUGGACCUAUUUAUAGUUUGAGCUUCAGUCCUGAUAGGAAUCUUCUAUUGUCUUGUGGAGAAGAUGCUACUAUUAGAUUAUGGUCACUCCACACAUGGACCUGUGUAGUCUGUUACAAAGGGCAUUUAUUCCCAGUCUGGUGCGUUCGUUUCUCAUCCCAUGGAUACUAUUUCGCUACUGGUUCACACGACAAAACAGUCAGACUAUGGGCAACAGACUCUCACCAGCCUCUGAGAAUAUUUGCUGGUCAUUAUUCAGACGUCGAUGUCGUUCAGUUCCAUCCGAAUUCGAAUUACAUUGUCAGUGGCUCCAGUGAUAUGACGAUUAGACUUUGGGAUUGUGUUACUGGAAAUCAAGUCAGACUUAUGACAGGGCACAAGGCCCCGAUCUUUGCGUUGUCAUUCUCGAUUGAGGGGAGAUUCUUAGCAUCCGCUGGGGCUGACAACAGAGUUCUCGUCUGGGAUCUCGCACAUGGACAUCUUGUUGCUGCGUUAGAUGGACAUACUGGCACUAUUCACACCCUUUCCUUUAGCAGAGAUGGAAAUAUUUUGGUUUCAGCUUCGCUAGACUGCACAUUAAAAUUAUGGGACUUCACCAAACUAGCAGAAGAGAUGAGUCUCGAGGACGUCAAUGUAUCCCACAAUCCGGACGUCAAAACAGCAUCUGAGUGUUACCUGUUACGUACAUUUGCAACAAAAAGUUCACCAGUAUUGGCUCUCCAUUUUUCCCGGAGAAAUCUUCUCCUCAGUGUUGGAAUGUACGAGUCUUCGUAAACAUCCCUUAAAUCAUCAUGUACAAAUAUUCAUAUUCCACGCAAUAAAUUCGUCAAAAUAUUCUCCAAUAAA